UUUCAAGUUUAAAUGUCAUUAUUGAAAUUCUUGGAAAAUUUAUCUGAAUAAAAAUUAUAUAGUAUACAGAUCAUUUCCAUAACCAAUAACAAACCAUGCCAAUAUUUGAAUCGAAAAUUGCAUUAAAAUUUCCCAAUUCAUUAUCUGAAUCAAAAAAGUUGUAUCGGAGAAGUAUUUACAAUUUAAAUCCUCGUGGUUCUGUCAAAAAAAUAGAUAGUCAGCUCAUGAAAGAAAACAAGUCAAAAAUCAUAAAUAAUUUAAUAACUAAACCACUAGAAAUAAAAUAUUCUUGGCAAGAUUUAGAAAAUUGGGUACCACCUUCCAAAAAAAAAUGUAAUCAAAAUAAUGAAGAGUAUAAAUAUAAUAAUUCAACUAGUGAAAUGAAAUAUCCUGAGCAAGUAAUUGAUAUAAGUGUCCAAACUUCUGAUUCUCUAUUAAAAGAUAACAAUUCUCGUGAAAUUUACUAUCCAUGCUCUGUAAAAUACUCUUGGCAAAUAAUUGGCAAAGCCACGCAAGCUGUUUUAGAUAAUAGUUUAGAAGUUUCAGAAGAAAAUUACUGGAAUGGCAAACUCAUAACUCCUAAUUCAUUUAAUUCUAAAAAUAAAUCAAUGUCAAUUACUAACGACGCUGAAAAACACACUAACAAUUAUAUAGUUUACACCCAAGCUACCCAAACUGUUGUUGAUAAAGAACUUGAAACGGAAUUAACAGAUUGCCGAGUUAAAUACUCUUGGCAAAAUUUAACGAGACCAUAUUUAUCUUCUAAUACUUAUUCUUGAUUCACAACUAUUUCUUCUUUAGUUAUGCAAUAUUAAUUACAUUGAAAACAAUCAUUCAAUAAAUUCAAAAAAUGGAUCAUGAAAACAAUAUUCGUCCAAAUAUAUCUGUAGAUGAAGAGUCUACUGAUUCCCUAAAUUCUACAUUGACUGAUUCACAGAUCUUAGAUAAUUCAGGAGAAGAGAUUAAUUUAAAUAAUUGUUUUAAAUCAUAUUAUGUAAAUAGAAAAGUUUAUAAAAAAGAGUUGUUAUCACGUUUACAUAAAGCGCAAAAUAGAAUCAAAGUAUCUGAAGAGUUUAUUAAUGAUUCACUACCAACUCUUCCAAAAGUAGAAAUAAGUAACAAUGAUCUAAUGAAUCUCAAAAGCUUGCCGAACCAUAUCGAAGAAGACGUAAAAUCUUUGAUCGUAGAUAUUGACGAACAUAUAAAAAAAUUAGAAGAACAACUCUCUGAUCUGGAUAAUGCUGAUACAGAGAUAAUUAAAACUACGAACAGAGUUAUUGAGGACAUCGAUAACACGUACGAUCAACUAAUGUAUCAAAUUAUUCAAGAAAUAAAUAAUAAAAGAGAACUUACAAAAUUAGAGGCUCAGGUGUUUAAGCAUGAGAGUUUAGUUCCAUUAAAAGCAUGCAGAAAGGAGAUAAAAUCCGAGAUAUUUUAUAAGACGCAAGUCAUGCGUCAAAUAGAUAAAGCGAUAAAAAAUUAUUUACCGACGUCUAGUAGUCAUGAAAUAGAACAACUUAUUCAUUAUAAUCGCGAUAUUGUUGGAAUACCAGCUGUACCUUUAUCAGACGAGCUUCCAGGUCUUACACUUAAAAGACCAUCAAAUUCAGCAGUAAACGAAGUACUAAAUAAAAUUUAUGACUUGGGAUCAGUGUUACGACUAGGUUGUGUUCAAAUAACUGAUAUAGAAGAAAAGCCUGGAUCAGUAUAUGUAAAAUGGAAUAUAACUGAUUCAGAAUACUCUACAGAAGAACAAACUUACAUUCUACAAAAAGCACCUGGGGAAGUUUCGGAUCCUUUUGCCGACGUUUUUGAGACUGUAUAUGAAGGAUCCGAGUCUGCUUGCUUCGUUAGAGAACUUUCAGUUAAUCAAUUAAUUACUCUGCGAGUUGGUAUUCAAUCCCUUGACUCAGCUUGGAGUGCUCUACGCGUGGCAAGAACGAGAAUUGCUUGCUAUAGAUGGGAUCCGUAUAAUGACGAUUUUAUAGUUACGAAUAACGGAAGGAUUGCUACAAAAAUACGUGGAAAUUCAAGUAUCCUUUUUUCUCAAGGACCACAAUUAGAAGCUAAUCAGAUAAUUGAAUUUUUGUUCUUAGAAGUUCCUAAAAAUAGCACGGAUGAAGAAGCAAUAGCGUUAGUGGCUGAUCGACGAGAUGAUAAGAAUCUCCGAAGAAAAGGAGUAUUGAUGGUAACAUCGUUAGGUAAAAUAUUUAUGAAUGGUGAGGAAAAGCUUAUGCAACUACCACAAAUAAAAUCAGGUGAAAGAAUAAUUUUUGUUAUAUCACGGAAAAAUGAUGAAUCAUUAAGAAUAAAUAUAGAAUCCGAAAAUAAAAUUGUAACAUAUGAUUGGAUUGUAAAAACUCCAUUAUAUUUUGCUACUCAAUUAUCGGGACAUAACAAAUGGAAUAUAAUGGUCAAAUAAAUGGAAAAAUAUACACAUAUA